CGAGUCUGAAUGGGGUCGAUGAAGGAGCACGGUAGCGGCGGGGACGCGCCGGAGACGCGCGAAAGGAGGCCCGUCUUCACCCUGGACGAAGUGGCGAAGCAAAACACCGACAAGGAGACCUGGCUGGUCAUCAGCGGGCGCGUCUAUGACGUAACCCGCUUCCUCAGCGAGCAUCCAGGUGGAGAGGAGGUUCUGCUUGAACAAGCUGGUAGAGAUGCCACUGAGAACUUUGAAGAUGUUGGCCACUCUAUGGAUGCCCAAGAGAUGCUUGACCAAUACCUUAUAGGAGAGGUUCACCCGUGUGACCGUAAUCCUAAUGCCUCUAAGGUUCCAAACAAGUCUCCCUCAAAAGAAUCAAGCUUCUGGUUCGUCGUGAUGGUGCCUCUGAUCCAUGCCAGCCUGUCCCAUUAAGUACCAGCAGAAUGAGAUGGCAUGCUGUCAACAUUACUCUUUAGCAGGAGACCAGCAAGAGAAAUGGCUCCACCAGCACAGCGCAGACUGGGAACGGCGGCACACCUGCCUCUUCUCGGGUGUUUUCCUUCAGCUUCUUUCCGUACAUGGUUUUUGAAACGGUUAAAUGGGUACAUUUUUGUUUCAGUCUUCUGGUUUACAUAGUCCUAACUGUCUGCCUUUUUAAUCUGCCUGAUCUGUAAUAAAGGACUCUCCAAUUA